AAUUUUAAAACCACGGUGAUGCCGUGGUUAUCUAUAGUUGUUACCGUAGUUACCGUGACUUGCACACGCGCACGUACCGUACUAGUCCGAAAACGGCAUUGUGAAUCGUGAUUGUAAUUUGUAUUGAAGUUGACAGUUGUUAUUGUCAGUGCACAAAGCACAAUGCGUCUUGCCGCAGCUGAAUGCGCCCACGGUUCAUAGUUCGUUAGUUUCGGUUUCAAUAGUGACGCUUGGUUCAAUAACACUUGACACGCCGUUGUACUUUAGUGCGUUGACGGAUACAUAAGCUACGGACAGCGGAUAUUGACCAAUGGUCGGACAACGGAGUCGCUUAUGGAAUAGUAAUAGGCACAGAUCAGUACGUAAAUGGACAUCGUUUGCCACUUGUGCCGUCGAAAGUACAUUCUUAACUCAAUGACCUUGGAGAUGUCCCUUUUGCUGGUUUCGAUUCUGCUGGCCGUUUCGACAACAAAAGCAUUGCCGACAAGUAAGCCCCUGCUGUAUUAUUUUAAUCAGUGCUCGGUUGCAAACAGUUUUCUUACUGACCUCUAACUUUCGGAGUCCAAACUAAACUUAAAAAUAUUAGAAAUUGCUUUAAUGGUUUUCUAUUAUUAUAUUGCCCUAGUAAAAUGUCAAACAAUUAGAUUUUCGAUAUAUCAAUUUUUUAACCCCUUUCAACGACAUGGCUUUUGGAUAGGUAAUGAACAAGUUGUAAAAGUUAAAACCAAGUAUAUUUUUGCGGGAAAUUAGAAUGUUAAUUAUAACUAAAAAACGUUGAUAAGGUGAGGAUGGGGAUUUGAAAAUAUAUUGAUUGAUUGAAUGAUUUUUUUAUAUUUUGCCCAUUUUUGAUCCCAAGAGACAGAUUGUCAGAUUUCAAUAUUUUUCUAAGACUAAAAAUGCGCACUUUUAAAUCUAUUAUAUCUCUGCAGAAAGUACGAAAAUCGAACAUUCAGUCUCGGCAAAUUCAUAAGACAGGGGACACGGAAAAUAUUUUUAUUGGUGUUAUUCGUUAUUCGAUAUUUUGAAAUUUUUUUUACCCUAAGAGACAGAUUUUUAAGUUUCAAUGUCAUAAAAAAAAUUAAUAACAACUAUAUUGUUGUUACAUAACCUUAAGAACUUAAUUUGUUAAUAUAGUAAAGCCAAUAGAUGAGUCUAGUACACUUUGAAGUAGAUAUAAAGUUUUCGUGUUUGGUUUUAGAAGAUCCAGUGACCAUGCUUGAUUUCGGUUCUGGACUAAAGAUUGCGCAGCCAAAAGAACUGGAUUCCAAGGCUCCCCAUGGGAAAUUGACAACCAAAGAAAUGUUUGAAAACAUGAUGCAAGCAGAGAAUGAGCUUGGUCUUAGUGAUGAUGAUAAUGAUUACGAAGACGAAAAACACAGUGAGGGUGCUUCACUUCUAUCAGCCAUGCCUAGUGACAACAGUGGUGGUCAAAAAAACCAUUUCAAGUGCAUGUCGUGUAGUGGUCUGUUGCCGUUGUCAUGGGAUGAUGAACAAGACUUUCAAGUCAAUGAACAAUUGUACUGUUUUCCCGACGGUGCUUUGAUGCCUCAGCCAGACGAAACCAGGAAAAAUGAAAACGAAGAACGUGACUCUGUAUGCUCUGGAGCCAUACGUGUAAGUGAUAUAGUUUAAAUUCUACGGUCUAAGAUCCACCACAGGAAAUUGGUUUAAAGGGUACAAUAGAAAAAUUUAAUUUUAGAUAAACUUUAAAACUUACUAUCUUAUUGUGUUAGUGUUUAAAUUCACUAUGCAGUCACAUGAUUCUAAUACAGAGGCGUCAAGAUGUGUAAUUAUGCACCCCCUUAAUUUUAAAAUUGUCUCAAUUGGCCUGCUGAAAUAAUGCACCAUUAUUUAAUUUCUGUAAUUAAAGUUUUUGGCAGUUUAAUUAGGUAUAUAUAUAUAAAAAAAACCAAACAAAUCAAUAUAAAAGAAAAGAAGAAAAAGCAAUGACUUUAAAAUUUCCAAUACCUUUGUGAACAGUUUUUGUAUUGUAGACAUAAUAAGUUUAAAUUUUAAAUACAUCACAGUUAAUGAUGAAUAAUAACAAAUAUUUUGUACAUAAUGAUAGUUUAUAGUGUUGUAUGAAUAGUGUUUACACAAUAACAGUCUUUGGUAAUUGCUGUACUAUGUAGCAAUAAUGUCAACUAUCAAGCUUUGCUAGAUAAUAUGACAGUACUGCUGUACAGUUAUAAAAACUACUGUUCAAUGAUUUACAUAAUGAUAGUUUUACAAAAGUGAUUGUCAGGUUAGGUUGGGCGUGUUUUUUUUAUUAUAAUGUAUUUUGCUGUAUAUGUUUUCUUCUAUACAUUAUUUAUUGGUUUUCACAGUUAAAGUAAUAAAUUAUUUAUUAUCUUUCAAUUUUAAAUAUAAUUGUACUAUUUAUGUUGAUAGCAAUUCAUGGUCUGUGGAAUAAAUUAAAAGCUAGGUACUUUACAUAGGUAUAUGAUAAAUGGUCUGGUGAAAUUUCAAAGUAGUCUGCUUAAAUCCUCGCAAAACCCAAAAAAACCUGAAAUGACAACUGUUCUAGUAUUAUUCUUGAAAUAAACUUAUUCUCUAACUUUUAGUGAUUUUAUAGUGGCUGAAGUUUAAUAAAUAUGGAUUUCUUUUAAAAAUUAUUUUUUGGUCUGUAUCAUUUAUAUCUAUUGCAUCAGUUAUUCGAGAAAUGCUAUACUUAAUGAAUUUAUUUCAAGGGUAAUAACAAUUUUUAAAAUUGAUGUGCCAUAGCCAUAGAAAAAUAAUUAUGUUUUUAAAUAUUUUUAUCAUUAUUGGUUCGUGUUUAUGUUACUUAUAUAAAUUAAAAGAACAUAGUGUAUGUCUUAUGUGGUCUGUUUUCAUUUUUCAUUGUUUAAUUAAAAUAGUAUAUUUUUAAAUAUAGUUAGAAGAGCGUGACACGUGCAUUGACUGUCAUGGAUUACAAAAUAAAAUUGUAUUACUUGGAACAUAAAUUGUUAAGGUUAAAUAUGGAAUUUUUAAUGUUGGGUUUGUUUUGUAUACCACCGCUUCCAUUUAAUAAUUGCUUAAUGUAUAUGCAAUUUCUAAUAUCAAUUCUAAUACAUAUUUCAAAACCAUUUUUGAAUAUUAUUUAAUGUCUUAAAUGUGUUUAAUGUAAAAUUGUAUUGUUGUUACUUGCCGAUUUUACUUAAUCAACGCUUAAAAUUAUUUUAUUUAUUAGAAAAUAGUUUAACUAAAGUUCUACAGUUAUGUUUUUAUUUUAAUCAAUAUUUUAUUUAAUACAAUUUUAUAUAAAGUAGUUCUGCUGUACAUAGAUUCCUUAGAAUAUACAAUGAGACAUUUUUUCUAAGGUCUUGGUAGACAAGACUGUCUGAGGCCUGUUCCAGGUCUCCUUUUAUAUGCUAUUUUCCUGGACUAGCGUGUUUGUGUUAUGUCAAAAGUGACGGUGUUAUUGAUUGAUUGAGGAUGGGCCUUUGAUCACGCAAUCAGAUGAUGUCUUGUGUAAGCCGGGCAUGUACCUAUGGUUUAUAUCAGCAUUAUAUAAUAUUAAUAAUAUUACUCUUAUUAUAAUAAUGCUGAUUUACAAUAUUUAGGAAAAUAGGUUAUAAUAAACAUCGCACACAACAUUGUAUAUCAUAUGUUCUUUAUAUAGUUAUUAUAAAUAUUAUUUCUUCUGUAUUCAUUUUUAGAUUCUGAGUGGAGCGAAGAAGCUUAUGAUUUUACAAAGAUGUUUAUUUCUUUUUUUCUUUUUUAUCUAUUAAUAACUUUUCUACCAGAUUUCUAUAUGUAGCACUUUUUCUGAAAGAAAAUUAGUAUCAAAAGGUACCUUUUAGAGGUCAUGUUUUGUUUUGUUCAAGAGUUUUCUUAUCAAAUGCAAAAACUGGAAAAUUUACAAAAUAUAUUCCUUAAAUAUUUUGAUUUUUUUUUCCUGUUUACAACUUUUUUACCAGCAAUUUUGCUCCAACUUUUAAUGAUAGCAAUGUUUCUAAAAAUAAAUUUCACUAGACUUCCCUAAGAGUCUACUUUAGAGAGGUCAAUUUUAGAUUUUCUUAGGAGUUUUCCUAGUAAAUGUGAAAAACCGGGAUAACAUAUGGAAAACCAGAAAAAACUUAGGAAAAUCGGUACCACAUUAAAUAAAUAUUAUUAAAGAAAAUAUAUAAAGCCUAUUUAAUUAUUUUACUAUAAAAUGACCUCUGAAAAUUGUUUUUCGUAAGCAAUGGUUUAUCAUUGCUUACUGGUAUACAUUAAAUUAUCUAUAACAGUGGCUGCACCCAUUUUCAUUAUUCUUGAACAUCUUUUUAUGUAAUAUUGUCCAAUGGUGUGGGCCAAUUACAUAAAAAAAAAAAAUAAUAAUAAUAUUUAAAAUAUUAUACCUAUUAUUAAUUAUUGAUGUUUUUUUACUUAAAACAUUAAAACUAAAGGAGACUAGAAUUUCUUAAAAAUGAUUUAUAUUCUAGGUACUUAAAAAUAAAAAAAAAUAAGCUUGGACUUUAAACUAAACUAAAUUAACUGGAUAAUACAUUUAUGGUAUAUUAAAAUAAAUAUUUGUGUUGGAUGACUUUUUUUGUUUACAGGCUUGAUUUUGUAAUUCUAUUGGUGAUGGUUUUUGCUGGUCCUCCGGCUCUUGGUUUAAUGUAAUUUUUUUUUAUCUUUUUUCAGUGCUGGAAAGCAAAAGUGCGUGAAUAUGAUGGCCGUGUGCGCAUCAGUCGUGGCUGCGUAGGUAGUGGAAAAGAAUCUGACCAAAAAACUCUUAAUUUGUGCAUGGGUUCCGUUUCUGUCGUCAGUAGUAACAAUGAAACAAAGAAAAAUGACUCACAACUACCAUACACGGUAUGGACAUCAUCCCACACAUACUCUUCAGCUACUUUUGGUGUAGAACAGCAAUCCCAACCAUCACUUCCACCUAGCUAUGCAAUUGAAUGUUGCGCGGGCCAGGAUCUGUGCAAUGAUGGACCAUUUCCGUUGUUGCCAAAAUUAGCAUUAGCUGGGUGGCGGUGGACACCUAUCUCCAAGAAGGUGGUAUUGCUUGCCGUGUUCUUCAUGGCUGUUGCAACAAUUGCGGCCUUAGUGUUUUUCAGGAAAGCUGGUAAAAUGAAAAAGACAAAACAUCGUCAAAGAAACAAAGGUGGUGUCCGGAAAAACAAAAGGAGAAAGCGUACUGAUAGGGAUAGAAAAACGAACAGGCAUUUAUCAUUUUCUUCAAUGUCUACAUCAUCUACGUCAUCAAUAUCAUCUGGAGGGCAGUCGUCAUCUUGUGAAGGAAAGCGCAGCAGAUCUAGAGGUAGGAGGAAACGCCACACUACUACUUUGACAAUGGUCGACUUGCUCGAAGGUGUUGUAGUUGCUACCGAGUCUGGGACAGAUAUUGAUGACAGUCCUCAACCAUCGUCAUUUACUUCUGGAUACUCACCAGCAGCUAUAACUGAAUCUACGGUCGAUGGGGACUUUUUGCCGCCACCUUACAACAGUCGCCAACAAGAAGAUGACUGGACCAGUGGCAGUGGAUAUGGUUUGCCAGUGCUGGUGCAACGUACUUUGGCUAAGCAGAUUCAACUGCAACAGUUGGUAGGCAAAGGUCGAUAUGGUGAAGUAUGGCGCGCCACAUAUUGGAAUGGUGGUCACGAGCAUGUGGCUGUAAAAAUAUUUUUAUCAAAAGAUGAACCAUCAUGGAAACGUGAAACAGAAAUCUACAGGUUUUUAAAAAAUUAAAAAAUGUCCUUGGAUUUAAAUUCAGUUUUCAUAAAGUAGAAUAAAGGAGUAUAGAAAUAUAGAGUAAGGAAGAAUUAUAGAGGUAGAUAAGGAGUACUUUAGUACACAUUUAGGAUAAAUUAAAAAUAUUUAAUUCUUUUAGUGCACACAUGUGCAAUACAAUUGUCCUAUUUUAAUAUAGUAUAACACCAUGUCUAAUUUUUUUCAAGGAACUUUGACUAAUAUUUUUUUUUUCAAAUUUAUAUAUAUAAUAAUUCAUUUUGUAUGAACAAUAUUGUAAAAAAUAUACAAUUUGUUCAAAUUUAACUUAGGCAAUUUUUAAGAUUGAAACCGGUGUUACCAUUUUAAAUAAGGUGUAUUGCGUAUAUGCUAUCCAUUUAUUUUAUUAGUAAUCCCUAUCAUUUUCUGAAAACAGAAUUUAAAUCCAAGGUCAUCAAGUUGAGAUAAUUAGUGUUGCUUUUAUCAUUGAAUACAUUGAUAUGAAAUAUAGUAAUAAGAUUAGAUACCAAUAUUCUUAGUAAUAUUUAAAUAAAAAUCCAAUUUUGAUAUUAUAUAUUUAUUUUAUUGAAACUUUAGUACUGUUCUGAUGAGACAUGAUAAUAUACUGGGAUUCAUUGGAUCUGACAUCAUGACUUCACGGAACUCUUACACAACACAGUUACUGCUUAUCACCCAUUAUCACCGGUAUGGAUCAUUAUAUGAUUUCCUGCAGACACCUAUGGCAUCUGAUCCUACAUGUACCAGCUACGAUUUUAGCACCAUCAUUAAUGACACUACAGUCGAGCAAUCACAGCAAACUGAUCGAGACAGACCACCUCUCACAAUGAACCAAAUGCUAAAUGUAUUGUAUACUGUGGCUAGUGGCUUAUGCCAUUUGCAUACUGAAAUAUUUGGCACUCAGGUACAUUUUUAUGAUUAACCAUUACUAGAAACAUUCUAAUCUAAUAUUAUUUAAAAGAUGAAUUUUUAGAAUCUGAGCAAAGGGAGAAAUGUAUUGAUUUUACAAUGAUGUUUAUUAUUUUUUUAGAUUCAGUGUAUAGUGAGGGAUCUAUUGGUUUAACUAUGAUGUGUGGUUUUGUUUUUAAUUUAUAUUGCCUGAAUUACUUUUCUAAUAGAAAACUUGCUCCGAAGUAUAGAUUAUAUCACUUUUUCUGAAAGAUAAUUUUCUCUAGUUGGUUCAUUGAGGAAGUCAUUUUUUAGUUAUUUUGAAAAUCGUAAAUAUUACAGUCUUUAGUUACAUGUAUAAAUUAAAUAACUUUAUGUAUCCAACCUUCCUUACUACCCACCUAUAAAAGUGGCAUCACUCAUCCUCAGUAUCAACUAUUUUGUAUUUUUUUAUUUUUAUUGUGUAUAAAAAUUCUACCAAAAAUCGUGCUCUAAUUUUUUAAGGAAAUUUUCUUGUGAUGGUACUUUUUAGUUUUGUGAGUUUUUCUGUACCUAAUAUUUAUUCUGUAGAUACUCUGUGAAUAAAAUUAUUAGACCAAACAGAAAUGUUUAAAAAUUUAAGAGAUAGUUCACUAUAAAUUAUACUUAGUGCUCAAAAAAAAAAAAUUGAAUUGAAUGUAGCAUUUUUUUUUUAUAUGAAUUUUAAUAUCAAAUUUUGAUGAAAUUUGUAAAUAUUAUGCCUUUUUAAAACACGUGUAACUGAACUCUGCUCAGAAUCUUUUUUUCGUUAGUAAUAAUUAAUUGUUGAAUACAAAAAUACAUUAAAUUUCCCUCUAUAUCCUACCUUCCUAACUUCUCACCCACCUACAACAGUGGCCCACUCAUCCUGUGAAGUGUGUCAAUUUUUUUUUCCAUUUGUUUUACACAUUAAAAACAUUUUUAGAUUUUCCUAAUGGGUUCUUUGAUUUAGAUAUACCUAUGGUUUGUUCAAGUAUAUUUUGUUUUUAAUUUCAAACAGGGUAAACCGGGCAUUGCACAUCGGGAUAUCAAAAGCAAAAAUGUGCUAGUAAAAUGUGCACGGACAGGUGCAUGUUGUGUGGCUGAUUUUGGAAUGGCUGUCACCAGCCUGGAUGCUGGACUUCCAAUUCAAACAACAACAGCUGCUGUGGGUGACAACAGUCAAAACACUAGAGUCGGUACCAAGCGUUACAUGGCGCCAGAAGUGUUGGAUGAUAGGUGUGUUAUUUAUCUCAUAUUAUGUAGAAAAUAUUUAUAUGCUUUAUUUUUCUGGAUCUUCUGUGUAAUAUAGUAUAUCAUCUGCGGCUGCAUUAGCAUUGGCAUCUACAGUUACUGAAAAAUCAGGAAUGAGUUCAUCAUCUGAAACUACAUCUUCUGUGUACUGGUGUUUUGAUGCCUACCGUCGUGGGGAUGUAUACUCAUAUGCACUUGUUAUGUGGGAAGUACUUUCCAGAACGCUCAUUUCUUAUGGUCCUGCAGUGACUGGACAAGACCUAAAAGUAGAUAAAGAAAAACAAAUACAACUUCCAUCAGGCACUGAAAACUGUUAUAAUCCAUAUGUGUACCGCGCCCCUUACCAGGACAGGGGCGCAGGUUGGGAUCCUGGGUUUGAUGACAUGCGUCGCAUUGUGUGUUCUCCUGAUCCAGUGCUGAGCCGACCAGGUGUGGCAUCUGAAUGGCUAGCAGACCCGGUAGGUUUUCCUCAAUUAUCUAACUUGUUAAAGAAAUUUUGAAAUUGAUGAUUUUUUUUAAUAUUUUGAAAUAAGAUGUCAAUUGAUUAAUAUAAGAUUCUAAAGCAAAAAUCCAAGGUUUUACUUAUAAUUUAUACUUUUGAUAUGUGUAUUUCUUACACUAAUUGUUUUAAACUUAUUUUCAUUUUUUUUAUUUUUUUUAAUUAUCUGUUAAAAAAUAACUAGAGAUGAGCUGAUAUGAAUCUUUUCUGAUAUCUGAUAAACCAAUUUUUUUUUUUUUAUAUUAAUCCAAUAACUGAUCCAAUAUUUUUUGAAUCCAUAAGCUGAUAUUCAAAUUAUCUAAUAUCUUAAUGAAAUUUAGAUAUUCAAUUUUUACCAAUAUUAUUUAAAUUACUCAUCAAAACACUGUUUUUCUGCUAGAAAAAAAACCACUUUUUUCUAAAAAAAUAUCAGGUUUAAAAGAAAAAAAACCAAUAACCAAUUUUCUCUUAUUUGAUACCUUACAAAUAACUUGUAAAAUAUUACUUAGCAAUAAUUGAAUAUCUUAAAAGUAAACCUCUUUAUAUUUUUUGUUUCACUACAGAUAAUGAAUGCUGUUGUGGAGACAAUGCGAGAGUGCUGGCACAGCAAUCCUAAUGCCCGACUACCAUCACUCCGUGUAAAAAAAAAACUAUUCAAGCUUAUUCAUGAAUUAGUUGAAAGAGAGCAUCAGUACAAUUCAGAAACUGAACAACCUAUCCCAGUAACAGAGUAGUUCUAUUAUUAUGAAAAACCAAUGGUCUGCAAAUUAACGCAAUAGUAAAAAAUAUUGUGACUGAGCGGUAUUUAAAUUUUACUACUAGGAAUAAUUUUUAUAUUAUUUACGUGCCUCCAUUUAUAGUGGUAUCAUUUUGUCUUUGAUAACACUCUUAAAUACUUAAAUUCUUAUUUAUUCAUUUAUUUUUGUCUAUUUUAUGUCAUAAUACUGUUAUUUGAAGUACUCACUGAAGCUAAUUUGUUAAAUAACAAUAAUAGUGUUUAUUUACUAGAUAAUAUUACUUAAAAUUUAACAAAAACUUAAUUUUUAUAUGUAUUUAACGUAGUGGUGUGCAACCUGGGGGUCAAAAAAAUUUAAUAAGUGGUCAAUUUUAUUUAUAAGAAUAUAAAUACUUUCAGGGCUGUAGCUAAGGAGGGAAAGGGAGCAUUGAUCAGAUGAUAAAUGCUCACUUUUCAAUACUCUUUCCUAGACCUAUCUAUUGAUUUAUCUAGGGUACCUUAUAGUAUAUUAACUUUAUUUGCUGGAAUUUCACCACAUUUAAAAAUAGUUAAAUAAUUUAAUAAUCUCAAUAUUAAGAAAUUGUUGAAUAAUUUUAAUUUAGAUUGAAAUUAUAUUAGAUAUUAAUCUUGUAUAGUAUUUUAUAAUAUUAUUAGUAAUACUUAAAAUUGUUAAUUUAUUUAAAUAGCAAAUUCAUAUUAAAAAAAAAAAAAAAAUGUAUAGUAAUGGUAGAUGUUCUGGGUAUAAUCCUGAAUAGUGUGUAUACAAUUUUGGUGCGAGGGUCGCCUAAUAGAAAUAAAUAAAUUUUAGGGUCCUGGAUCUAAAAGGUUGUGCCCUACUGAUUUAACACAUAAGCAACAAAUAAUAUUAUUGUGUUCUUCAUAAUAUAUAGAUAAGCUUCUGUAAAAUUGCAUUGCUACUUAAUGUUUCUGAGUAUACAAAAAGAAUAUAAAUUAAUUUGAUUUUAAGUUAUUGUUUUAUUUAAUUUUUAAUUUAAUUUAAUUAAGUAUUUUGGGUUUUUUUGUAUACUCAAACAAUGUUAUAAAUUGUAAAAUUUAAUAUUACCUAUUCUAUUAUUUUUAUAUUAUGUUUGUAUUCAAGUUAAUAAAACAACUUAGACAUUUAUUACAAAAUGCUAUUAAAAUAAUAAGUGUUUUAAAAAAAAAAACAAAAUUGUAUUUGAGACUUUCUUUAACUUAAUUGUACAAAAUUGUAUAAGCCUAUUUUCAAAAAUAUUAACACUGAUAGACAUUUUAAUUUCUUAAAUUUAUUACAAAUAUGUCAAUGAUUUUUUUAAAUAUUAAUUAUUGAAUAAAGGAUACCAUAUGUAUUCAUAUUGAAACUUUAAAGGAAGUUUCAAUGUAUGUAUGUCUGGUCUCUUCUAUAAUUUAAAAAGAAGUCCAUAGCUGAUAAUUUGUCAUCAAUAUAUUGAAUACAUAUAUUCAAUACAUUGAAAAUUGCAUUUAAUUAUUUUGAUUGUAGUUUCUGUAUUAAAUUUUUGUGUAAACAUGUUUUAUUCAAAUGUGUAAUCAUGCAUACAAAAUAAAUAGAAUAAUGACUGAUUA